AUGCCGUACCUCCCCACAGCCCAAGAGUGGCUCACUCAAUCCGCCCUCCUCCUCCAGGCGCGUCCCACAACCUCCCGCAUAACGACAAAAUACACUGUCAAACCCUCCACGCGCCGCGCAACGGCUGAAACCGCCGCCCCUGCUCCAGUUGCUUUCCUGACGCUCAAAACCUACGACCCGGCUUCAGGCACAACCCUCAAAUACCGCACCGACAAAGCCGCAGAGGUCGGACGUCUCGUGCUCUCCUUGUCCCGGCUCGGGCGCGAGAUGGCUGGCCUGCCGGAGCUGAAGGAGGAAGAUGUUAAGAUGGAGGAGGCCGGGGAUGCGGUCACUGGAGCAGCGGCGCCAGUGCCGGAGAAGGCUGGGGCGCAGCCGGGUGGAGCCAAGAAGGGAAAGAAGAAGGGGAGAAAGUGA